AUGGUUCUGGAAGAGUUUGGUUGGUCGGUGCGCUUCGCCGCUCGGCGCUUUCCCCCUCCCCCUCCUUUGAACUGAAUUCGCGGGAAAGAGCCGCUCGUUCCCCCUCGCUCUCCGAACCGCGGGGCAUGGCUCCCGCUGCCUACAUGAGAGGUUCUGCUGCUUCUGGUGACUCACCCUUCUAAGUAGGAAGCCAGGAGGUGGAGCCAGAGGACUACUUUCCAAGCAGGGAGAAGGAGGACAAUUGGGGAAUUAAUCUCUGAUGGUGGAGUCAGACAGGCCUCUGAAUGGAGAAACUGAGGCUGACAUCCCAGCCUGGUGUCUCAAGGCGUUGCGGGCAUGGGACCAGAGAGAGGACAGGUCUCCCCCCUCUCUCCCGAACUCAGCCUCCAGGGAGCCGCUGAGCUCGCUCUUUAUGCUGAAGGAUCUAGCUUUGUUUUCUCUCACUAAGAACAGAGGAGAUAUGGGCUCUAUUUCCACUGUUACUGACUCAUUGGGCUGCCUUGGGGAAAUCAGCUCACCUUUAUGUACCUCAGAUUCUGGAUCUGUAAAAGGCAGGGCAGUCAUUAAGAAGGCCUCAGCUCUAGAAUACAAAAUACAGAGGAGAGCUCUCCAUAAGGAAGACUUUAUCAAUUACAUUCAGUAUGAAAUUAAUCUGUUGGAACUGAUCAAGAAAAGAAGAUCGCGCAUUGGAUAUUCAUUUAAGAAGGAUGAGAUUGAGUAUUCUAUUGUGCAGCGAAUACAGGGCCUCUUCAGGCGUGCCACAGAAAAAUGGAAAGAUGAUGUGCAGCUGUGGUUGUCGCAUGUGGCUUUUUGCAAGAAAUGGAAUAAAAAAAUUCAGCUUAGCAAGGUGUUUUCUGCCAUGCUAGCCAUUCAUCCGAACAAGCCAGCAUUGUGGAUUAUGGCUGCCAAGUGGGAAAUGGAGGAACGCUUCUCGUCUGAAAGCGCCAGGCACUUGUUCCUUCGUGCAUUGCGCUUCCAUCCAGAGUCUCCAAAACUGUAUCAAGAAUAUUUCAGAAUGGAGCUGAUGCAUGCUGAAAAGCAGAGAAAAGAAAAGAAAGAGUUUGAACAAGCCAAGAUGGACUUGGGCGAGUUCAGUUAUUCUGAGGAGGUUCUUAAUGGGGAAAUGGCUCGAAUAAUCUACAGAAAUGCUGUUGAGAAAAUCAAAGGUGCUGAGUUCUACCUGUCCUUGCUUUCAAUUGCAAAGCUCUUUGAUUUUACACAAGACUUGCAAAAAGAUAUUCUUGAAAACUUGCAGGCCGAGCAUGCUGAUGAUCCUCUUACAUGGGACUACAUGGCCCGUCGAGAGCUGGAGAUGGGGUCCUUGCCAUCCCCAGAAUGUUCAUCUAAACAGAUGAAAGCAUCCGAGGUGGCCCAGAAGGAGGAGCGGUGCUGUGCAGUCUUUGAGGAAGCAGUGACAGCGCUCCCCACAGAGGCCAUGUGGAAAUGCUAUGUCACUUUUUGCUUGGAGAGACUUAACAGGAAAACCAACAGUGAGGAAUUGAGAAGGAAGAGGCUGGAAAGGACUCUGUGUGUGUUCAGCAGAGCCCAUGAGUCCACCUUGCUGCCAGAGACUUUAUACAAACAGUGGCUUCACCUGUUACUGGAGGUUGGCCUUUCUGAGAAGGCCACAGAGGUAGCUGCAGCUGCAACCAAACGGUUUAGCCAGUCGGUGGAAAUGUGGCACACGAGACUGCAGGUGCUAAUCAAACUGAACAGCAGCGAUGUGGCCCAGUGUUUUGAGGAAGCUGUGAGACAGGUGAAAUCUAAGGGCUGUUUACCGUUAUGGACUCUAUGGGUGGAAUGGAGUGAAGGAGAAAACAGCAAGGAAGACACACAAGCCCUUUACCAGAGAUCCUUAUUGGUCAUUGACCCAGCUGACUCAGUAACCAUGAAAGAGAAGUACCUUGAUUGGGCCUACAGAGAUGGCGGUUAUAAGAAAGCAAAGAAAGUCUUUACCAGCCUGCAUGAAAGUCGUCCAUUUUCACUCGAGUUCUUCAGGAAAAUGAUCAAAAUAGAGAAGGAGCAAGAAUCCUGCAAGAUGCUUAAUCUGAGAGAAUACUAUGAACGGGCCCUGAGAGAGUUUGGUUCUACAGAUUCUGAUAUCUGGCUAGAUUACAUCAAAGAGGAGCUAAGCCAUCCCCAAGGCAAACCAGUAAACUGCGGGAACAUUCACUGGAGAGCUAUGAAGAUGUUAGAGGGAGAGCUAGUGGAAAAAUUUGUUUCCAAAUACACUUUGCUGCAAACUGGACAUUUGUGAAAAAUGCAGAUUACGUUGAACUUGCAAACAUUUCUGACAGACAAUAUUGAAGCGCAGAAUUUCCGGAGUUAGUUGGUUGUCCACAUUUUUGUACAAGAUUCUGAAAAUAAAUAUGUUCAGGAACACAUCCUA